GGCUCUUGGCCACGCGUAGGGCAUGAGCAUGUUGAUGGUGCAGGGGUUUCGAUGGAGGCUGUGAAAUCUUGUGGCCAGGAAGCUGGGACACUUGGGAAGUUGGCAGGAAUGGCUCCGAGUGUGACGAGGGCUUCCCUGCACAAAAAGGCCUUUUCCAUGAUUGCCGAGACGUAUAUCAUGAUUUUGGUUGAUCUGGUGGCUCCAGAAGUGUCUGAUGUGCUGACAUUUGCGAUUAUACCUCCUUCGACCCCCAGAUCUUCCUUGAUGGCACCACACAUUGUCAGUUUGACGGGUAUUAAGUCAGUGUGGCUGAUACCCAUGGCGAGAGCUGAUUGUAGAGGAAUGAUAGAGCUCUGGCAGCCAGAGUCAGCGACCAUGGGUAAUGUGAUUGAGGAAAGCUUGGAUUUGUUGUUCAUUGGGAAACCCAAUU